UGUCUUCUUUCGUUCACCUCACCUCGCGUGUAGGCGCGCGCGCGCUCGCUCUCGCUCCCCUCUCUCUCUCGUGGCAACGACUGGCCGACCGCCGCCGCCCUACGCCAGGUGCCUAGGUAUUCGUCGGGCCGUUCGCCGGCGACGAGCACCCACCAGUCCACGUUUGUGGGAACCAUGGAUGAAUCACGAAAAAGAGCUGCCUCUAAUGCGAAUGCUAAAAAUUCAAGUUCAUCCCUUGAUGAAGACUUUGGCAAUGAUUUCCUUUCAUCUUGGAAGUUACCAAAAUCAGGAAAAGAUACAAUUGACUUUGACGUCGAGUCAGCUCCAAAGAGUAGCAAGAAGUUUAGCUUUGAGAAUCUUGAUGAUUUUGGACUUGAUGGAGCCUUUGACAAAUUGUCAUCAUUUAAAAUGGGCAUGUCUGAUUUAGAUUUCUCUAGUCCUCUGAAGAAAAAAGCGAAGAACAACAGUUCAAACGGCGAUGAGCUUUCUGAAGGGAGAAAAGUAACUGAAAAAGACAACUUCUCCUUUUCCUUUGAUUUUAAUGAGCUGGGCAACUUCAAUCUUGACACAAAGUUGGGCUUUGAGGAAAAUGUUAUGAGCAGACCUAAAGAAAAAACUGACCCUAUCUCUUCAGUGGGUAACAAGGAUCCAGAAAGUGGUAUUUCAGGGAAGAGCACUGAUGUUCCUGAAGAUAGUAAGAGUAAGGAACAAAUACAAACACAGAAUGCUUGCACUUUGAAGCCUGCUCAUUUGACAAGCAUCAAUCCUUCAAGUGUGGACCAACUUGAAGUAGAUAUGGUGUCAAAUGAUGUGCUUGAAGAGCACUCUAAUGAGACAUAUCCAACAAAACCAGUUGUCAACAAUUCUUCUCAUAGUUUUCCUUCCACUGCUGUAUCUGGUGAAGAUCCAACACAUUCGAAAGCAGUAGCAGUUCCUGAGAGCAGCAAGGAAGCUCCUCCAGUGGACCCUAGUAAAGUUAAUAUAACAUCAAGGGAGAAUAAUAGCAGUGAGCAAUCAGUUAGUUCACAAUCCAGAAACAACAGCACUGAGAAUGUGCCCAUCUCAAGAAGAUCAGGGGGCCAAUCAGAUUCUCAAAAUAACCAGAAUGAGCCUGUGGAGGAAGGUACAUCUCUUAAUGAAGGAAGUCAUGGUAACCAAUGUUAUAGAGGCACUUCAAUGAAGCCUCUAAGGAAGACAUCAUGCGGGACAAAGAAUGUUGAGAAAGGGACUUCAGGUCCAAAGAAUCUGUCUUCAACAAUGCAGAGGGAAAUCAGAAAUGUUAAACCUACACUAGUGAAUGAAGCAGGAACUUUUUCUCUUCUGUCCAAGUCUGCAAAUACGAAAGCAAGCAGGCCUCCCCAAAUAACUUCAGAGACUACCUUAAAUCAACUAAGUGGUGCCAAUAACAUGAUCAAAAAGACAAAUACACAUCCUACAGACCUGAACAGGGAACACAAGCAUGCAGAGCCUGAUAAACAUAAAAUCACGCCGGCAAAAACAUACUGCAAGCCAGGAUUACAGGGGCUGUCAACCACCUCCAUGAAUGCCAAACAUGGACUUGAGCCACUUAGUGCAGGCAACUCAUCCAUUAAGAAUGCUCCAAGCAGUACAGCACAUACCACUGGAAAUAAUUCACUAACAAGUCAGAUGCUCCUAAAAGGCAGCAACACCUCUGAUAUGAUACAAGGCACUCCUUCCAAAGAUGAUAAAAGACCAACAACUUUCCAACUGGCCGGAUCAAGAGUUUCAAAAGUAGGCACCAGAAGUCCAAAGUCUGGCUUGAUUCUGGAUAAAGAUUCAGUAAAAUUGAGUGGGAGCAAGGGUUCCCCUGUAAGGACACACAAGAUCCCAAACUCCUUCGUUGAAGGAAAAGCUGCAUUGCUUAGUCCGUCCAUUAGGCAAAAGAUGCCCGAGGAAUCAAUCCCAGAUCCAAAAGCCCCUGCUGUGCUGAAACGCGUCGUGAGAUCUCCAGCUGUGAGAAUAUCACCGCAAACUGUUCCAGAGUUGGGGAAUCAAACAAUUCAAAGUGGAACUCCGAAAGCUCGUAUGGAUAAUGCAGUUUCUUCCACAAUACGGGAGAUGGGUGACAUUUCAGAUCUAGAGUUGCCUGCCCUGUUAGAAGAUGAUGGAAAUGUAGAGAAAGCUGAGGCUUGUAGAAAACAGCUUGAAGAUAUGUGCAUUUUGAUGAAAAAGAAACACACGGAAGCUAAAGAACUAGCAGUUCGGGCUAUUGUUAACAACAAUAUGCUGUUGAUGCUAAACCACCCAAUGUUUGAGGAGAAAAUAUCCUUUCCUACUUCUAACCAAUUCACAUGUUACUACUGUAUAUUCACAUACAUGGAUGUUAAACUUGGGAUUCCUUCACCAGAAGAACCUUUCUGCUCUUCAGAAAUACGCCGACAGCAUGAGAUCCAAGCACUUACUUGAGGAAAUUGUCACAAUGGAUACUUAUUGAUGCGGGAGUACUGUGGGAAAGAAGAUGCUUCACCCUGGAGGAACACGGGUAAUGUAAAUGCAACAAAAGGACAUAUAUAGGAUUCAGCAUGUACUUAAUACCGAGACGAAGUUCAAACACUACUGAAUAGCUAAUGUAGUCACAUUAGUUGCUCCUGUAGAGGUACUUUGCUUGCAUGUUAUAGCUAGCAGUUGUUUGGAGAGUGCUGGAAUCAGUAGUUGGGUCGAUUCCACUAGGACAAGACCUGAGUACUCAAAUGGAUGACAAUCCAAGAGGGCAUGUGUACGAAGUUUAGUUCAGGUGACUAGUCAAUCCCCGGUGCCAUCUGUGGUUAAAUCCUGUAUCAAAUGCAACUGAAAAGAAGUCUAGUUUCACAUUGGAUCAACUAUUAAUCUAAGGGUAAAGUUAACGAUA